AAAACCGAUUUUUUGCACAAUAUUGGGCAUCGUGCGUUUGGCCUGCAGGCCAUUUAACUUAAAAAUUCCCCAUAAUUAAUGAAUAUUUCCGUUUAAACACUUUACGGGCUUCAAUAGGUUAAUUGCAGAUUAAAGCGAAUUAAUGUAUUUGACUUGUGAACCUCAGGAAUGAUCCUAAGAUGCACUAGAUUGGCUUCAAGUGUUCAUUGAGCGAAUUUUGCUAGGCACUAAAGAACAAUGUUGUCUUUCGCAGCAUUUGCUUGCUUUCCGCUUGUGAAUUAAGCACUCAGGAAUGUUUGAUCAAUCAUUGUUUGCCACCCGCUAUCAUCAGCAGGCCAGAUUACGUUCCAUACAAACAAGCCACCCGGUCCAAAAACAGUUCAUAUCUACUGUCUUCAAAUGACGCUGCCAUUGCGGCUGAAAAUCGUUAAAAACUUGUGUUUAAACCGUGUUUUGUAGCGUGCGAGCCGCUGGAUUUGAACGGCCCCGGUAUACGAUUAAGUGCACCUUGCGUUUACUUGUAAUUAUUUUAAUUCAGGUUUUUGCCGAGCUAACAGGAAUCGAGUCAAGGAUUAUUUAGCCGUCUUCGAACAUUGUUUUGAAUACGGAUUGUAGUCGAAGGCGCGCGCGAACCAACGAGCAGUGAGUCUCAGCGCAACCCCAACUUAAUCUAUUAAUUAAUAAACCAGGCAAAUACAACAGUGGAAAAAAGUUCGUUCGGGUGCGAAAAGAUAAGAGUGCGCGCUGAUUGGACCGAGUUGACUUUCGAAAGUUGCCCGCUGCUGAACUAUGGACAUGGACAAGAAGCCCGAAGAGUUGAAAAUCAUCCACAGCCAACAUGCCAGGAUUUUAAAAGAGGACGAGGAAUUUUGGAUUUCCAGCGAGGAUUUGAACACGGAGAACAGCAGCGACGAUGACCGUUCAAAAGCCAAGCACGCAUGCAAAAAGAAGCUCAAAUUGAAAGACCGAAAACGCUCUUCGCCCAAUAUUCGACUGCAAAGGCCAUCGAUUUCUUCCGUUGCCAGCACAUCAAAAGCUUUGGAUGAGCGGCUGCUAAUGCCGGCCACCGACGACCAAAACGCCCGAUCUACAGAUGAUUCGCGGACUUCGGACGAAGAAUACCAAAUUUCGCCGCUCAUCAAGGCGGAAUGUCUGUCGAAAAGGCUCAGCCUGGAAGACUGGAGGCCGAUGAAAGGGGCCCUCAACAUUUCGUCGCUGGAUGAAGCUAAAUCGUCUGCUGGCGACGCAAGAAAAAUUGUUAACGAAACUGGAAACUUUUGCAACGCGAUGCUCGACAAAUUGAAAUCGUUAAAAUCCUGUUCGGUUCUGGAAUCCGCCCGACAAGAAUUGUCUGGCACAGGGAAAACUUUCCAGUAUCUUAAAAAUACGCCCGAAGUUAAACAACAGUUGGAUUUCAUUAAGAAGCUGGACGAAGACAUCAACGAGACAAUUAGCCGCUACAAGGCCGUUCGGCUGGAGAGGCUCAGCGCAGAGUUUCAAAUGUGCACGUCCAUCAAUGAACUGAAACUGAGUGAGGAGCGCGGCACCGAAAAAUUCCUGCAGAUUUGCAACUUUGAGAAGAAGCAUCGGGAACGAUGCCCGGAAAUGGAGCAGGAGACAAACGAAGCUCCUGAAGGUGAUGAUGAUCCGGAAUUAAUUGAGGAAACCGCAGCUGAACCAGCUCGGCUUGGUGGUUCCACUGAGGACGGCACUGGCAAUGUGAGCUUUAUUAGGAAGAACAUUUACGCGGCAAGGGAAGGCCUGAUGGCGGGUUUUUCGCUGACCGACGAAGAAAAGGCCAAGAUUGCAAACAUAUUAAAAGACAUUGACAAUUUCCAGUUGGAUGAAGCCGAGCUCCAGUUAUCAGCAGCUUCCCUCAAUGAGGCAACGGCUGCUAAAAGUGGAGAAGAUUUAUCGGUAAAUGCUUUCGCUGUAAUGGAAAGUGACCAGAUUCGAAUGGGGGAAAUAGACAGCGAAUUGGAGAAGUUCCUGAAAGACCAAAAUUCGCCGGAAAACCCUCAAAAGGCGCUUUCACUGGUCAAGGACGAAGAGUUCUGGAAACAAUACGCACUUGAGCGGUCCCUCAAAGACAUUGAUGCCCAGCUGAAGAAGUUGUAUGAUAGCUAUGCGGAAGACCAGGAAAAACUGCAAAGAAUGCGUGAAGAAGGUGUCGAGUAAAUCUGAUCGAUGAAAAUAUAAUAUUUUGGUGA